UAUCUCCACUUUCGCAACAUUUCUCACCUCCUCCCUGUAAAUGACCUUGUUCAUUAUUUCACAUAUUUGUAAUUCAUUUCCGUUUUUGAGAUUUCAUGCUUUUAUGUUGAAAGGGCAAAGGAAGGCAGAAUGCCGUAAAAUGUAGCAACUGCUGAAAAGUCUAAGGAAGUAGGCAAAAACGGCGCGCUGACGAGAAGGCAUAGACGUGCGUCACCGUCACGGUGAAAAUAAGAACCAAAACAGUUGUUUUUAACUGCUAAAAGUUCUUAGCGCCUGGUUGGUGAGGGAACAAGCUCUUACGGUGUGUUUACAUAAAAGAUGGAAUAAAGGUUGUAAACCAUCAGUUGAAGAGACCAUCAUUCCAAUCGGGACGCUACAGUAAGAGCUUGACCCAAGCUGAGGAACGCUACAGCCACUCUCAGCUCCAAGAUCCCAGUAAGGUUCCAGCUUCACAGCUCCAAUCAAGGUCAACGGGGAUCUGAUGGUCAACAGCGUCGCUCUAUCCUCAAUAUGGAAGCAUCUGAAAGGAAAGCAGAGCACACGGAGGAUCUCCAGGUCCACAUAGAAGAGGAAUCUUCACGCUCUGUUCGUCAAAGGAGACCAACGGAAAAGAUGCAGGCGUAUCUGGAGGAAGAGUCACUUAAAAAGGAAAAACAGCUUCAUAAGGUUUAUGAUGAGUGGAAGAAACAAGUGCGCACCACACGUGAGCAAUUGAAAGAAGACAUAUCAGACAUUCAAAUAGCUUCUCUCAUGGACAAUGUAGAAAAGGAAAGUGACUGUGUCAUUAAGUUAUAUGAGGAAAUCAGGGACCAUAUUACUCCCUCCAGUGACACAAGAAGACGUGUAGAUGCAUGUGAAGCAGUCACAAGAGACCUUAUCAAGGUUGCACACGAAAGGCUCUCAGGCAUUGAUGACUAUGAUCGUGAUAACGUAAAAAUAUGUCUUCGUAAACUUCUCAAACCAGACUAUGCACAGUCCAUUUACAGUUCUUCCGGCACCAUGUCCAGCAAACGCUCCAGCUCCAGUAAGUCAUAUUCGUCCAAGUCAAUGGUGGCUGUAAGGAGAGCAGACGCUGCAGCAGAGUUAGCAGCCAAAGAAGUGGAGUAUGAGGUGUUAUUAGAGGAAGAAAAACAAAAGGAAAAAAUUCAGCUUUUGGAAGAAAAACAAAGAAAAGAACUAGAAGCCCAAAAACGUGAAUUAGAACGAAUAAAGGCCGAACGGGAAAUAAAGUCUGCUCGAGCUCGACUACAGACAUAUGAUCAAGAAAUGAAAAGUGAAAGCAGUGAUAGUAGUGAUUGCAGUGUUCACAUUGCUAAAGAUGUAAGUGGUGAAGUCCAUCGGCCCUCCACAGAUUCUGCUCCUAGUCAGGUUCCUGUAAGCAAUAUGGUGUCCACUUCACUUCAACAAUCUGACAUUCAUUACUUAGCACAAGCUAUACAGGACAGCAUCACCAUGAACAGACUGCCAACACCAGAACCCUCCAUAUUCACCGGUGACCCAAUACAGUUCAUUGAGUGGAAAGCUUCAUUUACUGCACUCAUUGAUAAAAAGAGCAUCUCACCUGCUGACAAAUUGCAUUACUUGAAGAAAUAUGUAGGAGGCUCAGCUCGAAAGAGCCUUGAUGGCAUUUUUUAUAGAAAUGACAGUGACGCAUACAAGAACGCAUGGGAACGCCUCAACCAACGUUAUGGACAUUCAUUUGUCAUACAAAAGGCAUUCAGAGAAAGGCUAGCAAAAUGGCCUAAAAUACAAACAAAGGACUCAACAGGAUUUAGGGCAUUUGCCGAUUUCAUUCAAGCAUGUCAAGAAGCUAUGCCCCACAUUGAAGGAUUAAAUAUUUUGAACGACUGUCAAGAAAAUCAAAAACUUGUUCAAAGGUUGCCAGAUUGGGCAGCAGCAAGAUGGAAUCGUCAAGCUACUCAAUUCAUGAAGGAAAGAGGGAAAUUUCCAAAAUUAAAGGACUUUGCUGAGUUCAUGUCAGCUGAAGCAGAAAUCUUGUGUAACCCAAUCACAUCAUUUCAUGCUCUCCACUCUACAGACGUCACCACGAUGAGUGAUAAAAGUUACCAAAGGGAAAAAAGAUCAAUCUCCAGCGUUCUCCACACGCAGGCUGUAACAGAGACUGAAAAUAUAAAACAAAGGUCAAAUGUCAAACCACCAUGCUUCGUUUGUCAAGACAAAGGACACAAAAUUCACAGUUGUCCACAGUUUAAAGGCAAAUCACUUAAUGAAAGGAAGACGUACAUAAAGGAGAAAAAGCUUUGUUAUGGUUGUCUUAAACCCGGACACUGUGCAAAAGACUGUCGUUACAGACUUGUAUGUGAAGUGUGCAACAAAAGGCGGAUAGUUGUUGACGUAGAGGAUGACGACCGUUGCCGUGACGACCGCGACCACGGCGACCACCAGGACCGCCCAUAA